UUAGAAGUUUUCCCCCCAGAGAAUAAAGUGAGAGAUUUUUUAAAAGUUAAUAUUACACGCUAAUUAGAAGUUAAUUAUGAUCACUUAGGCUAACAAACUCAAACACUCACAGCCCCCCAACGGAACUUAGAUAAAUACAUAAAAAGCUUUCAUACUGCCUUACCUGUAUUUCCAAGUUACUUUCAUCCAACUCCCUUGCAAGGAAAAGAAGAGAAAAAUGGCUGGAGCUUUGAUCGGAGGGGCCUUUAUUUCUGCUUCCAUCCAGGUGAUUUGUGACAGAAUUGCUUCACCCGAGUUCGUCUACUUAUUUCGGCACAAGAAACUGGAUCAACGUCUCCUCAUGGAACUGAAGACGACGCUGUUGACCUUGAACGCAGUGCUCGAUGAUGCAGAGGAGAAGCAAAUUGAGAAACCAAAUGUGAGAGAGUGGCUUGACGAGCUCAAACAUGCUGUCUUUGAUGCCGAGGACUUGCUGGAUGAGAUCAACUAUGAAGCUUUGCGAUGCAAGCUGCAAGGUGAUGCUCAAAACGACAAUUUCACAAGUAAGAUGUCUACCUUCCUCCCCACUUCUCGUAAUAAAUUUUAUCGAAGGAUGAAUGCUAAGAUACAAGAGUUGUUACAAAAAUUAGAACAUUUUGUACAACAGAAAGUUGCUCUCGGUCUGAGAGAAGAUGUUGGGAGAAAGGUUUCACAAAGAACUCCAACAACUUCCUUGGUUCAUGAACCUUGUGUAUAUGGGAGAGAUGAAGCCAAACAAAAUUUAUUAGAAGUGUUAUUCGAUGAUGCAAGUGAGGAAAAUGUGUCUGUCAUCCCCAUUGUUGGAAUGGGUGGGGUUGGCAAGACAACCCUUGCUCGAAUGCUUUACAAUGACAAUAAGGUGAAAGAGCAUUUUACCCUUAAGGCUUGGGCUUGUGUUUCAGAAGAUUAUGAUGCUAUCAGGGUAACUAAAACUCUUCUCGAGUCAGUGACUUCAAAACCUUGUAAUAAGACAGAUCUGAAUUUGCUUCAAGUUGAGCUAAGUGAAGAACUGAGGGGGAAGAAAUUUUUAUUUGUGUUGGAUGACCUUUGGAAUCAGAAAUAUACUGAUUGGAACUGUCUCCAAACUCCUUUCACUUCAGGGGCAAGGGGAAGUAAAGUCAUCGUAACAACACGGAACAAAAAUAUAGCAUCUUUCAUGCAAAAUGUUCCCACUCAACCCUUGGAACCAUUGUCGCAUGAAGAUUGUUGGUCAUUACUUGCAAAACAUGCGUUUGGAAAUGUAAACUGUAGUGCAUAUCCAAGCUUGGAAGAAAUCGGCAAGAAAAUUGCACGAAAGUGCAAUGGGUUGCCUUUAGCUGCACAAACACUUGGCGGUUUGUUACGUUCCAGGCUGGACUCUGAGGUAUGGAACAGAGUACUAAACAACAGCAUUUGGGAUUUACCUUCAGAGAAGAGUGACAUUCUUCCUGCUCUAGGAUUGAGUUAUCAUUAUCUUCCAGCUAAGUUAAAACGAUGCUUUAUUUAUUGUUCAAUUUUCCCAAAAGACUUUGAAUUCAAAGUAGAAGACGUUGUUUUUCUUUGGAUGGCGGAAGGUUUAAUUUCACAAGCGGAGAAUGGGGACAACAUGGAAGAGGUGGCUAAGGAAUAUUUUGAUGAACUGUUGUCUCGAUCAUUGUUUCAAACGUCAAGGAAAUCAAGUUUCGUUAUGCAUGAUCUCAUCAAUGACUUGGCUGUGUUCAUGUCUAAAGGAUUUUGUUCCAGGUUGGAAGGUGGUAAGGAAUCAUGUGAUGUAGAACGAGUUCGCCAUUUGUCAUAUUCUAGGGGAAAAUUUGAUGUUGCUCUUAAAUUUGAGCCAUUAAAGGGGGCUAAGUGUUUGCGGACCUUCCUACCUACCUCUUUAAAUACUUAUGAAGAGCAUUAUUAUCUAGGUAAAAAGGUUGUACAAGAUUUGAUAUCGUCACACAGAUGUUUACAGGUGUUAUCAUUGUCACGUUAUAGUAAUGUCACUCAACUACCUGAUUCUAUUAAAAAUCUUAUUCACUUGCGCUAUUUGGAUCUCUCUAGAACUGCAAUUGAAAGGUUACCUGGUGUACUUUGCAGUUUGUACAAUUUGCAGACGUUACUAUUGUCAAAUUGUUCCUCUCUCAUUGAAUUACCUGCAGACUUGAGAAAAUUGAUAAAUUUACAGAAAUUAAUGCUGGGAGGUUGUGCGUCUCUUGCUAAAUUGCCUGUAGACCUGUGGGAAUUAAUUAGUUUGCGUCAUCUUGAUGUGAGUGGAACUAAAAUUGCAGAGAUGCCAGCACAAAUGAGUAGACUAAAAAGUUUGAGAACAUUGACUGCUUUUGUUGUGGGGAAAUCUAUUGGGUCGACCAUUGGGGAAUUGGGGGAGCUUCCACAUCUUCAAGGAAAACUUUCAAUUCUAAAACUGCAAAAUGUAGUUGAUGCUAAGGAUGCCGUGCAAGCCAAUUUGAAGAAUAAGAAUGAUUUGAAGGAGUUAGAGUUGGCAUGGGACGAUGAAGACUCAGAUGAUUCCGAAAAAGUGAGAGAUGUACUUGGCAAGCUCCAGCCUUCAAUUAGUUUGGAGAAACUAAUCAUCAACUUUUACGGUGGAACUAACUUCCCGAAUUGGUUAGGAGACUCAUGCUUCUCUAACAUACAAGUUAUGCGUCUCAGUAAUUGUAAAUAUUGUUGGUCGCUGCCACCAGUUGGGGGGCUACCUGCUCUCAAAGAGCUCUAUAUAGAAAGGAUGGAAUUUGUUAAGACAAUUGGUGUUGAGUUCUAUGGCAGAAAUGGAGCGUAUCUAAUUCAGCCAUUUCAAUCACUGGAGAAACUGGAGUUUAAGGAGAUGGCAGAGUGGGAGGAAUGGAUACCAAGUGGAAGUGGAGGUCCAGACUUUCCUCGUCUCCAGGUGCUGAUCCUAAGUGUGUGUCCGAAGUUGAGAGGAAGCUUGCCUUGUGAUCUGCCUUGCUUGAAGAAACUUAGAGUGGGUUGGUGUGGGGUUUUGCAUGAUCAAGGGGCCACUGCUACUACUAGCAGUAGUACUAGUCUCAACUACAAUUCUCUUGAAGAAUUAGGAAUAGGUGAAUGCCAAACAGGUCUGUUAUCAUUACUAGAGACAAAGCUCCUCUCCCAACUUGCCAUUCAACAUUUUAAUGACAUACAGUGCUUGCCCAACAUCAAUCGUCUUCAAAGUUUGUCUCUCUGGAAUUGUCCAACGCUGUCGUCGUUCCCUGAAGAUGGCCUACCCACUUCGUUGACAUCACUUACAAUAGUCGAUUGUAGGAUAUUAGAAUUCCUACCUCAAGAGAUGUUGGCCAAAUUAACAUCACUCCACUUUUUGAUGAUAUAUAAUAGCUGUGAUUCAAUGAGGUCCUUCCCCUUGGGCAUUUUUCCCAAAUUGACGACACUUGAAAUUGGUUGCUGUGACAAUCUGGAAUCGCUUUGCUUGAUUGAAGAAGGAGCGGUUCUCAGUCAUCUAAAUAGCCUGGAGGUCUAUGAUUGUCCAAAUCUGGUGUGUUUUCCCCAGGGAGGAUUACCCACUCCCAACCUGACUCGAUUGAAAUUCGAUGGAUGCGCGAAGUUGAAGUCAUUACCUGAACAUAUUCACACCCUCACAGCCCUUGGAAAUUUGAAUAUAAGCAAUCUUCCAAAUCUAGAGUCAAUUGCAGAAGAUGGGGGUUUACCUCCCAACCUCCGAGAUUUUAACAUUAAUAAUUGUGAGAGACUGAGGGCUUCAUCUUCGUCAGUGGGAGACUACAGUAACUGGGGUUUGCAAGCACUUGUCUCCCUUGAAAAAUUUACAAUUCGUGGCAGGGGAAGUGAUGAAAUCUUAGAGACGUUGCUCAAGCAACAGCUUCUCCCUACCACUGUUCGCACUCUCCGCAUCGCGGAACUUUCAACUCUGAAAUCUUUGGAUGUAAAGGGACUUGCACGCCUUACUUUUCUUGAAACUCUAGAAAUUAUUAGGUGUAAAAGUCUGGAAUUCCUGCCAGGAGAGGUACUUAAACACCUCACUUCUCUUCAACGGCUAUACAUUUAUGGCUGUCCGAGUCUCCAAUUCGUGCCAGAAGAGGGUCUGCCGCCAUCUCUUUAUUAUCUGUACAUCUCCGAUUGUUCUGCCCUGGAGAAAAGGUAUCAGAAUAAGACGGGACAAGAUCAUUGGGCCAGUAUAUCUCACAUUCAAUGCAUCGAGAUAAAUGAUGAAGUCAUCUUAAGAGAAUAAAACAAACAAGUCCCACAAAUCAUUCCUUCAGCUGCAAAGUUCCAUUUGAUGACACUUGAAAUGUUGUAUGUAUACUUGCAGACUCAUGUUUGGAGGUCAAAGAAACUUGUGUAGGCAACCAUGCAUGAUUUCAGAGUCGAAGCUGCUUCACUGGCCUUUCUGUGCUCGCUUCUGUAAGGGAUCAAACCAAGCAGGUUCAUACAUUGAAUGUAUCACAUCAUCAGCGUUUCAGACAGAAAAUGGGCCUUGAAUUGUGUUCUGAGCCAAUGGAUUUUUCUAGAAUCUAAAGUGCAAUGGAAAAUUACUGAAGUGAUCUACACGAAGAGUAAACAUUUUUUCUGUUGGAUGCUGGAGGUGCCUCUUAUAAGUGGCUAAGUUGCAAUAUGUGGUGUCAUCAAAUGCUCUGCAAAAAGCAGUUCAAGUUGAGACUGGAGCUGAACAAGGAUCAGGUCAGCUGUAUAUUUCGUGGAACAGACCCAGCAUGUUCAUACAUGGCUUGGCUCACUUCAUCAUCUUUUGAGACAGAAAAUCAGCCUUCAACCGUCUGCUGAUUCAAUAGACUUUUCUAUAUAUCUCAAGUGCAAUGGAAAAUUGCAGACUUACAUAAAGAUUCGCUAAGAUUUCUGUUUGAAAUUUUCUACCGGAGGCUGGAAAUGCUUCUUAUAAGUGGCUAAGUUGCAAAAAAUUGUAGGAUUGAAGGCUCUGCAGACUGCACAGAGGUAAGAAGUCAUCGUCAUCAAGUAACUCCUAAAUGGCUGCAUCUUAGAAGAAUGACACUGAAUCUGACUCCUAAAUGGCUGCAUCAUCUUCAAUCUAAAGAUUAGAAGUCACAUGAAAAAGUGUUGUAUUCUUUUGUCCUCUAUUGUAGUUUAUUUGGUGCUCUUUUGACUUUUAGAGGUGUUUUCAAAUUUGAGAAUCCAGUAAAUGCAUGCGUACAUAUAUUGAAAGUAUUCCAUAUGAUUUCUUCUCGAAGAAUUUUCGCGAUAAUAUUUCUCGGAAGUGUUUUCUUACAUACUGAUGAAAUGAAGUAAUCACAAGCUUAUAUAGCUA